CCCCCCCCCCCCUCAACAAGUCGAAGCCUAAAGGAAGAGCUGCUUUCAACCAAACAGCCUGUGAUGGAAAUCCCUGCCAUAAAUCUAAAGGCCAUAGUCCUGGUGCACUGGCUGCUGACAGUAUGGGGCUGCAUGUCGUGGCUCCCCUCCUCCUUUGCCUGGGGGAACUUCUGUGUUUUGGCCGUCGGCGUCUGGGCCAUCGCACAGAGGGACUCCAUCGACGCCGUGCUCAUGUUUCUGAUGGGGAUGGUCCUGACGAUACUGACCGACAUCGUCCACUUUGGGAUCUUCUACCCGCUGAACGAGUACGCCGUAGAAAACCGCUUCCGCUUCAGCGCGGGAAUGGCCAUCCUCAGCCUGCUGCUCAAACCCGCGUCCUGCUUCUUCGUCUACCAGAUGUACCGCGAGCGCGGAGGCGACUACAACGUUAACUUUGGUUUCCCCUCCGUGUCACGGAACCGAGAGGCCUACCAGUCCAUCGACCAGCAGGACGAGUCAUCCGGGCCGGCCAAUCCCUUCAACCAGGCCCAGGACAGCAAACCAGCCGUCCGCACAUACUGAGAGAACCCGGGACGGUGCAGCAGCAGCACCGUGCUCUCACUUCUUCUCACUUCUUCUCACUUCUUCUCACUUCUUCUCACUUCUUCUCACUUCUUCUCACUUCUUUCAGUCGAUCCGUCCCCGUGUUCUCGUACGCAAGUCGGUCCGCUGCAGAUCGCACUGCCGGCAGAAUGAAUACUUUAUGUUAUGCUAAAUCAUUAGCUGUGUUUGUUUUUUGUUUUUUUAAAUGGGGAUGUGGCGUAAUUAAAGCCAUUUACAUUCUUUUCUGCUGAGCUGGCACUUCACUGCUGAAUAAAUACAGAGGAAACACUGCUCCACCCCCUGCUGUGUUACCGCCUACUAUUUUAGUAGGGAAGUGUUAAAUGGAGCAGUUGUGUCAGUUAACUUUUUUUUUUUUUUAAACACGUGGCACUUACAGACCUCUUGUCUGUUCCUCUUUGUGAUCGGCGGUACAAGUAAUUAUUGUUAUUGCCGCUUUACGGUUCUAACAACAGAGAACCGGAGUGGAGGAUCAGAGUCGAGCCCUUUUUAGAUUUAGAAGGAGCCUCGUGCCUUUUGUACUUCUUACUCCAGGAGAGCUGUGAUGUUUAGGGCGAAGACGCUCACUUGAUGACAUGCAAAGUCGUAUUUACUACAUUAAAACAGAGUUUUGAGAAGAAAAAAUAAUAAAAUAUGAAGAUUUCUUUCUUUUUUUUGUAAUGUAAAACUGAAAUAGAUUACAGAGCACACACUGAGCCGUCGAUCCGUUAUGUGUUGAGACAGUUCUGUCACACCGCAAAUGUUUAAUGAAACGAAACCUCGAAAUCCACAUCACAUUAAAUAUUUUACCGGGUAAUUCUGCACGCCACUCACUUGCGGCGCUUAGAGUGGGAAGAGAAGCGGCCGCGGUGGCAGCGGGGUGGACGUCACUGACUGAUUGCAUCAUUUGGAUUUUUUUUUACAGUCGGUUAGUUCUCUUUUUGGGAGUUUUGAGUUCCUGUUUGGAAAUCGUGAUGACGCGACGCGACAGAGAGGACAUGUGGCAACGACGUUGGUCACGUUAUAGAGAGCGAAAAGAUCCUGUUGCAAAAGGAGGGAGGGGGGGGGGUCUACAGAUUAGUUUAAUUUAAAGAUUGUUGUCGCUUAUCUGAAAGGAUUAUGUUUUUACACGUUAUACAAAUAUUCAAUCAUUCUAUCAUUGUGUUAAAUGUGGAUCGAGGACCCCCUCGAGGCCCCGAUCCCCACUUUGAGCAUCACCGUCGAUCACAGGAGGCUCCUCAUUUCUUUAAGAACAUCAUUCCACACCAACUGAGCCAAUGAGAACCUCCUCACAUAUACAUAUAUAUAUAUACAUAUAUAUAACACACCACAUGGUGUCCGCCGUGUCGAUUGUGAGGCGACCUGCAUUAAGGCGGCAGCUAUUGUUUCUGCGACUCCAGUCCUAAUAAAAUUGUAUACACACAUAUAUAUUUAAAAGCAUUUUUGCACCACCAGGGUUACUCUAGUAAGGCAACUCCAGAAGGAAGGGUGUUACAUGACAAAUGAUUCGCUACGGCCAUGGAAAAGAGAGAGUGUAAAAAAUGUGAAAUAAAUAUAGCUCGAUUCCCCUAUUAAAGUGUAGAAAUGUGAAAAAAGAAGGUUGUUUUUCUGCCGUUUCAUUUGCAGCAACUGGCAGCGGCGGCUUCGGCUUAACGCCUGUCGCUCUGAAGGCGUUUUCAAAAGAUACAAAGACUGUUACUAUGACGAUUAGAAGAGCGAAAGAUGAAACAUUUGGGGCUGCGUGUUGCGUUUGCGAUUCUUUUUUUUUUUUAAAAACAUUUGUGUUCUGCUUCUCCGACAUGAGUGUGUUUGUUGCUGUUUUUCAUUCCCUGGGUUGCUUCUUGAUUUGUAAUUUCAUCCGGACGAGUUUGAGGUUUUUUCUUUGAUCUUGAAAAUAAAGAUCGGUGUAGAACACGUGUUGCAUGAAGCUUUUCCAGAUGGACUACAGGAUUCACACGACGUGUACGUCAGAUAUAUGAAGCAUUCGACUACUCCCUCUAUUCUUUUCUCGUAUUGUUCUUCUCUUUUCUCCGUCACACACAUAUUUCUACUCGCUACUAGCUUCUCUUUUUUAGACUUUCAUCUUCCUUUUUUUCACCGCACAUUUUUUAUUUUUAAACCAAACGUGUCAAUACUCAUUUAACCACUUCAGCAGGUACGAAAGCACUCGACUUUAAAAAAAAAAAAGACACAAAAAUGUUAAAACGCUUCAUAAAAGAAUUAUUUUUCCGAGCUGCUGCCGCUUUCCUGGAGUAAUUGGAGCGGUAACGCCGCACGCACCUGGAAUGUAACAGCACCUGAUUGAAUUUACAUAAAAGUACUAAGUAGUACACACGGAAUGUGAUUUAGCAGUCAAGGUUUCUGUCCCCUGACGACUUUUCCUCCAUUUGCAAAGCGUUAACGCCGGUUAGCUUGAACGGUCUGUUGUCCUCAGACGAGCUGCCGUGAGUCCUUGAGGUAAGAGCCGUGUCAUUUGUUUGUGCACGACGUCGGGCCCCUCUUUGGAAAGUCUUAUUAUGCAUCCGUAUGCACGAACACGUGCUAACACACAUACACACGGGCCUCAGAGAACCUUCUGACGCCUGCAAAUAUGAACCGCAGGCAGCAGGUUCUGGAACACCGGAGACGGGGGAGGGGGGGGGGGGGGGGGGGGGGGGACCGAAGGGAACCUGGUGAAAAGGUUACACAUCCAACUUUUUCUGGAAGCGACAAAGCGUGCGCUGACUCUCACACCGUAGAUGAUGAGAUGAUGUGUGAUUCUUAGGUUUUAACAAGUUUGAAAAAAACUGGGAUAAUAAUCACACAUUGACAGCUUUGCAGUUUUAAAUGUGAAUACUUCUUUUCUGAAUAAUAUACCAAAUGUUUUCACAGUAAGUUUCCUCAUAAAGGUGCUAAAAUGGUACACAUAUUAUUAAUUAAAUUGAAUGAAUUGCUGGCAUAACUUUGAGAGUCUUUUUGUCCCCUUUAGGAUUAUAAAAAUGUGUCCAAGCAAACAUGCACAUAGAGAAUAAAGUGUCCAAUAAUAAAAGAAUAGCCAAUCAACUAAAA